UUCAUCGUCUUUUCAAAAAGAUAAUCUUGCUCUCUUUCAGUUGCACAGUCGAUGGCUUCCGCAUCUUCUCCCUCUCUUCUCCACACGCUGUCGUUUCGUCGGCCUCCAUCCUGCCAGGCGCACGCUCCUAAAUCUGUGCCGGCAUCUUUCACCAGCAGAAGGAAGUUGUUUUUCCUUCUAACAGCAGCACCGGCAUUGACGGCAAGAGAAUCGGUGUCCAUUGCGGAGGAUAUACCGCUGUUCGGGUUAAGGAAGAAGCUUAAGCAAGCGGAGGAAGAGGCGGAAGAGCUCGUGAGGGAAGGGUUUGAAACGGCUGAGAAGGGACUUGUAACGGCCGAGAAAGGGAUAGAAACGGUGGAGAAAGGGAUCGAAACGGCGGAGAGAGGUGUCGAGACAGUAGAGAGAGAAAUUGAGGGAGCAGUGAGCUUUGGGGCAUUGGCACAGGCCGUUGUGGUGGCGGGAGCGGAAGUUUUGGGUGUUGUAGUGGCUACUUCCGUCGUAAAUGGGAUUUUGGGACCUGAAGGUCGAAAAUCAUGAUUUGCUUCUGGUAAUGCGAUGUGUUAAGAGUUUCAAUCGAGUAAUGUAAAUUCAAAUCUGGUUUUCUAAUUUAUUACCAUUUUGAUUAGUAUGCUGUAGUAAUGCAGUUGAUGAUGGAUUAUGUGCUGGAAACAUAAAUUUUUGCAGAAAA